AUGACCGAAGUCAAGAAGCAAAAACCGGGAAAUUCGGUAUUGGGUCUUUUUAAAGAGAUAUUUAAUUGGUAUCCAUCGAGUUAUCCUGCAGCUGAGAGAAAGCUUUUAUUCAAGCUUGACUUAUCAAUUCUCAUAUUCGCCUGUUUAUGCUUUUUCGUAAAAUUCUUAGACCAAACAAAUAUCAGCAACGCAUAUGUUAGUGGCUUAAAAGAGGACUUUGCCUUGAACGGAAAUGAACUCAACUACUUCAACGUUUGCUACUAUGUAGCCUACGUGAUAUUCCAAGUUCCGGGGAUGCUUCUUAUGUCGCGACCUCAACUAUCUCGCUGGUUAUUGCCGACACUUGAGGUUCUUUGGGGGAUUUGCACAUUCGCCCAAAGCCGAGUUACGAAUGUCCACCAACUGUACGCGUUGAGGUUCCUUGUUGGCAUGUUGGAAGCCCCAGUUUUCGCAGGAACACAUUUCAUCCUAGGCUCUUGGUAUAGUGGACCAGAGCUCUUUAAACGAGCAGGGACUUGGUUUAUAUGCAACCCCUUAGGAUCCAUGAUCAGCGGCUACCUACAGUCAGCGGCUUAUACUAACUUAUCAGGGGUCGGCGGUAUGGAAGGAUGGAGGUGGCUUUUCAUCAUCGACGGCAUUUUCACCCUUCCGGUUGCGUUACUUGGCUUUAUAGUUUUCCCCGGAGUGCCAGAUUCGCCGAAGCCAUUCUACUUCACCUCGGACGACAUUGCCCUUGCGCGAGCGAGAUUGGCUCGGGCUAAAAUUCGCAAGCCUGGGCCGCUGAAUCUGGACGUCUUCAAACGGUCCCUUGCGCGUUGGCAUAUCUGGAUAUUCGUGCUUUGUUAUAUCUGCAUGAUUAUCGGUGGAUAUCCUACGUCGUACAUGAAUCUUUGGUUGAAGGCCGAGGGGUUUUCCGUCGUUCAGAUCAACCAACUACCGACGGUCACAUACGCGAUUAACAUCCUCGCAUCGUGGCUUGGAACAACUCUGGCGACUAUCUACCCCUCAUGGACCAUCUACACUGGAGCCACCGGGGGCAUGGUUUUCUCCGGAAUAUGCAUGAUUGUGUGGAAUAUUCCGAAAGCUUUAAAGUUUGUUGCGUGGUACGUCUUUGGGGUGUCUGGGUGUCUAAGCCCUAUUCUCUACUCCACAGUCAAUACAGUCGUCAAGGGAGAUUCUGAAGAGCGGGCUCUCAUCAUGGGUUCAAUGAUGACGUUCGGCUACUCUUUUAACAUCUGGGUACCCCUUUUGCUAUUUCCAACUGCCGGUCCCAAUGGCGCCCCUAGAUGGAGAAUUGGUUGGCCCGUCGCGAUGACGUUUCAUAUUUUAUUGUGGGCUGGAUUUAUCACGUCGCUAUUGUUACACCGCAGAGAGUGA